UUCAUUUUGCAGCGUGGACAACAAUAGGGGACUACAACUCCCAAAGAGGACUGCGCUCGUCCACUGGCUCAGAGGCCAAUGGACGCCUGGUACAUGACCGGCAUCGACUAAUCAGGGCCAGGCUCGAUGAGGCUUUGUCUCCCUACCGCGCGCGGGGCCGAUUCUCCCGCCUCCCAGCCCCGGCGCACGCGCGCCCCGCCCAGCCUGCCUUCCCUCCGCGCCCUCCCCUCUCCUUUCUCCCUCUCAGAACCUUCCUGCCGCCGCGUUUGCACCUCGCUGCUCCAGCCUCUGGGGCGCAUUCCAACCUUCCAGCCUGCGACCUGCAGAGAAAAAAAAAUUACUUAUUUUCUUGCCCCGUACAUACCUUGAGGCGAGCAAAAAAAUUAAAUUUUAACCAUGAGGGAAAUCGUGCACAUCCAGGCUGGUCAGUGUGGCAACCAGAUCGGUGCCAAGUUCUGGGAGGUGAUCAGUGAUGAACAUGGCAUCGACCCCACCGGCACCUACCACGGGGACAGCGACCUGCAGCUGGACCGCAUCUCUGUGUACUACAAUGAAGCCACAGGUGGCAAAUAUGUUCCUCGUGCCAUCCUGGUGGAUCUAGAACCUGGGACCAUGGACUCUGUUCGCUCAGGUCCUUUUGGCCAGAUCUUUAGACCAGACAACUUUGUAUUUGGUCAGUCUGGGGCAGGUAACAACUGGGCCAAAGGCCACUACACAGAGGGCGCCGAGCUGGUUGAUUCUGUCCUGGAUGUGGUACGGAAGGAGGCAGAGAGCUGUGACUGCCUGCAGGGCUUCCAGCUGACCCACUCACUGGGCGGGGGCACAGGCUCUGGAAUGGGCACUCUCCUUAUCAGCAAGAUCCGAGAAGAAUAUCCUGAUCGCAUCAUGAAUACCUUCAGUGUGGUGCCUUCACCCAAAGUAUCUGACACCGUGGUCGAGCCCUACAAUGCCACCCUCUCCGUCCAUCAGUUGGUAGAGAAUACUGAUGAGACCUAUUGCAUUGACAACGAGGCCCUCUAUGAUAUCUGCUUCCGCACUCUGAAGCUGACCACACCAACCUACGGGGAUCUGAACCACCUUGUCUCAGCCACCAUGAGUGGUGUCACCACCUGCCUCCGUUUCCCUGGCCAGCUCAAUGCUGACCUCCGCAAGUUGGCAGUCAACAUGGUCCCCUUCCCACGUCUCCAUUUCUUUAUGCCUGGCUUUGCCCCUCUCACCAGCCGUGGAAGCCAGCAGUAUCGAGCUCUCACAGUGCCGGAACUCACCCAGCAGGUCUUCGAUGCCAAGAACAUGAUGGCUGCCUGUGACCCCCGCCACGGCCGAUACCUCACCGUGGCUGCUGUCUUCCGUGGUCGGAUGUCCAUGAAGGAGGUCGAUGAGCAGAUGCUUAACGUGCAGAACAAGAACAGCAGCUACUUUGUGGAAUGGAUCCCCAACAAUGUCAAGACAGCCGUCUGUGACAUCCCACCUCGUGGCCUCAAGAUGGCAGUCACCUUCAUUGGCAACAGCACAGCCAUCCAGGAGCUCUUCAAGCGCAUCUCGGAGCAGUUCACUGCCAUGUUCCGCCGGAAGGCCUUCCUCCACUGGUACACAGGCGAGGGCAUGGACGAGAUGGAGUUCACCGAGGCUGAGAGCAACAUGAACGACCUCGUCUCUGAGUAUCAGCAGUACCAGGAUGCCACCGCAGAAGAGGAGGAGGAUUUCGGUGAGGAGGCCGAAGAGGAGGCCUAAGGCAGAGCCCCCAUCACCUCAGGCUUCUCAGUUCCCUUAGCCGUCUUACUCAACUGCCCCUUUCCUCUCCUUCAGAAUUUGUGUUUGCUGCCUCUAUCUUGUUUUUUGUUUUUUCUUCUGGGGGGGUCUAGAACAGUGCCUGGCACAUAGUAGGCGCUCAAUAAAUACUUGUUUGUUGAA